UUUGUCACAUAUUGCCUGUUCCAAAUGGAUGGACACCAGAUCCGUAUAGCACAUUCUUGUCGCUCGAAGUCCGACAUAAUUACCGAGAUGGCAAAGUCUGCGGAUCAAAAGGGCCGUGAUGAUGCCUUCUUCCUUGUCGAUCUGGGUGACGUUGUAAACAAUUACCGGCGUUGGAGGAGACUGCUGCCGAGGGUGACGCCGUUCUACGCUGUCAAGUGCAAUGCUGAUCCAAUAUUGCUACGAGUUCUUUCCCAACUUGGAGCCGGCUUCGACUGUGCAAGCAAGGGCGAGAUAGGGACCGUAUUACAGAUGGGCGUGGCCCCGGCACGAGUUGUGUAUGCCAAUCCAUGCAAGCAGAUCUCCCACCUUGAGUAUGCGGCAAGGAAUAACAUAGAUUUGAUGACCUUUGACAACGAGGCUGAACUCUACAAGAUCAAGUCCACGUAUCCACUAGCACGACUCCUGUUGCGGAUUGCUACCCCGUCAAACAAUGACGUUCUGUACGACCUCUCUACCAAGUUUGGCUGCCACCCUGGUGACGUCAGCGGCCUACUGGGCACAGCGAGGCAACUCGACCUUGAUGUUGUCGGAGUUAGUUUCCACGUGGGCAGCGGAGUAGAGGACCCGGAAGUGUUCGUCGAGUCUCUACGGAGAGCACAUCUUGUGUUUGAGAUUGCAGCGAAAAUGGGAUUCACUCUUAACAUCCUAGACCUUGGUGGGGGCUUCUAUGGGCAUGAAGGAGCACCGAUAUGCUUUGAAAAGGUUGCCGCCGUGUUGAAUAAAUCUCUGGAUGAGGUAUUUCCCUUGAGUUCCAAUGUCAAGGUCAUAGCAGAGCCGGGACGGUACUUUGCAACAUCACCCUUCACUUUAGUAACAAGUGUGAUUGCAAAGAGGAAGUGCACGACCCCCACAGAGAAAACAGAUCCACAUGAACUGACGACAUUGGACCCGGAGAGGCUCGGCAGCAAGAAACCAACUUACAUGUAUUAUAUGAAUGACGGUACAUAUGGAUCGUUCGGUAUCGUUCACUUUGAAGACACUCGCUUCAUACCCCGAUUAGUCAAGGAACCCACUAGUGAUGUGACCUUCACAUCCAGCUUGUGGGGUCCGACGUGUGACAGCAUUGACUGUGUCCUGAAGGAAGUCCCUCUUCCCGAACUCCAGAUCGGCGACUGGUUCUACUUUGAGAACCUGGGCGCCUACUCUAUCAGUCUCCAGUCACGGUUCAACGGAAUGCCGGUGCCCGAGUGUCAUUACAUGUGUGAUGAAGAUGUCUG